CAGUGCCAAGCAGUCUGUAUCGGAAUAUGGUAGUGGGGCAGGAGCUUAUGGAUAGUUCCUAUUAUUGCACUAUACCUACACAUGAGAUUGCUUCUAAUGAGUGUACAAGUGGCGUUUCGGUCGCUGUGACUAUAAUGGUAUCGUAAAUACGUGAAAGUGAUUUUAAAGAAGGGUUGGCGCGUUUAUUAAAUAUUAAUGCGGUUCGGAUAGAACGGCCGGCAAAAGUUGAAGGAUACGUAAUUAUUGCGCUCGGUCUCGCAUAAAGUGGAGUAUUUAUCGUUGGUUGGGGAUAGAAUUUUUUAUUGUUUGGUUCGCAAAUGAUUUAUCGUCGCGCACACAAUGUUGGUACACUUUCUACGAGGAAUUAAUUUCUAUCGGUUUAAAAAUCGGACGGAUAAACUUUUAACCCGAAGAUUAAUUACACAUACGUUCGGAAGAUAAGAAAACACUUUGUUGUGUCGAUCAAAUGGAGUAUCAAGACGGAUUUUAUAUGACCAAACAGAAUUUUUGGAAGUGCAAUAAUAACAUGCAGUCGGAAAGUGGGUAUGGUUCGGAUGAAUUCAACGACUCGCCCCGCUACACCUCGCCCAACCCUACGACGGGUUACUAUCUGGGCGCGGAUGCAACCCCCGGCGAAUGGCACCCUUCGUACACCACAGGCGCGUACCAAACGUACGAAGCGUACGGUCUCAUCCCAGAAACAGAAGGUCAAGGUCUGCCCCCGAUGUCUUCGUUAAGGCCGAACGGUACCGCCGUGACCACCAUGUCCGGUACAAACAGUUCGGCCUUCGGUCCGGCAAAUCACACCGACGGUGUGAACAAAGCUUUAGGAACAAUUUAUCCAAUAGUGGAACAAGCUAGCGCUAGUAGUUAUAGUUCGGCCCCGUCGACGCCGGUUAGUUCGCCGCCUCCAUUAGCGCCAUCUAGCUGGUUAGCCAAUCAUAACACUCCACAUUCGCCCCAUUAUACACAAACGGUUAAUGUGAAUAAUAGUGCUGCACCUCAGGGUUUACAUAUGCCUCCCGCCCCCGAAGCGCAACGCUUAGAUGAUGCAAUUGGGUUUUUAAGAGACCACGCGGAAGUAAAUGGAACACGUAUGGAGGAAAGACUUGACGACGCAAUUAACGUAUUGCGUAAUCACGCGGAACCACAGAUCAUAGGGCAGCUUCCACCACCUCACCAGAUGACGACACUGGGCUACACGGCGGCAGCCUCGGAACCACACAUACCAGACACAGUUAAAGUAGAACGGGCGACAUACAAUACAAAAAAGCGCAAAGAGCCUCCAGAUAGCGACACCAAACCAUCCAGUUCAGUAGAAACGAUAGUACAACCAAAUUCAACCAGUGGUCCUCCACCAAAAACGACGAAGAGGUCGCGGAGAUAUUGUUCAAGUAAUGGUGACGAAGAUGAAAUUGAUGAUCCAAGCAACAAGGCCGUACGCGAGAAAGAGCGUAGGCAGGCCAACAAUGUCCGUGAACGUUGUUCCAGUGCGGACGAAACGGAAGAGGGUGAACUAGAUCCCGAUAUUAAAGCGCAAAGGGAGAAAGAGAGGAGGCAAGCCAAUAACGCUAGAGAAAGGAUACGUAUUCGUGAUAUUAACGAAGCUUUAAAAGAACUGGGAAGAAUGUGCAUGGCGCAUCUAAAGACGGACAAACCACAAACAAAGCUUGGUAUCCUAAAUAUGGCUGUCGAAGUCAUUAUGACUUUAGAACAGCAAGUUAGAGAGCGAAACUUGAAUCCUAAGGCGGCAUGUCUGAAGCGGCGAGAGGAAGAAAAGGCAGAAGAUGGCCCUAAAUUAGGGCCAGGGCCGCAUCAUAUGCUUACUGCCCAACAUUACCCCACCUUACCGGGUGCUCCUGCCAACUUGCCUCACAAUCCAGGCCAGCCCCAAUAGCACUGCUAAAACGGCAGGUCUGCCACCUGUACAUAACUUUUCGUACAAACGGCUCUCAUCAUUUGUUCAUCAAUGAUCAUGCAAACAAACUAUAUUAUAUUUUUUUAAGAAUGUUCUGUAGUGAUACAAUAACGUAUUUUAUUGUUUUAUAAAUUACUUUUCACUUUAUUGAGAUGGAAAAACGAGAGGUUUGACGACAUUUUUUUACCGAGCGUAUCGACGCACGACCGGAGCAGUUUGUUUCUUUUUUUUUAAUACAUGUCGAACAAUUUUGUGUGUGCCAAAUAUAAGAAACACAAUACUCUUACCGUGAAACAAAUACGUACGUUUUUGAUCUCUCUUUGCCAUGAUUUUUGUGACAUAUUUUCGUAGUUCGUAGCAAAAUUGUGCCAUUCGUUUUGAAUUUUUUUCGCCUUUUAAUGAUAAUGCGAGAAAAAUUCGAUCGGUACUCCGAUCGUGCGUUGACCGAAAUUGAUACAUGCGCCAGUAUUUUGAAAAUUAUGACUUAUAGAAUUUUUAUGGGAAGUCGUCUUCUCAUCACAAACUGUAAAUAAGUGUUCAUUAGUGUGACCGGUGACGUUUCUCCAGUAUUUUGAUAUGCAAUAUAAAAUUUAACUUACGUAUUACGAAAAGGGGAGAGGUUUCCGGUGCUCUCUUAAAUAUAUGCCAUUGAAAAAUGAACAUAACUUAAGAUAUUACUUAUUUAAUAUUAAACAGUCUGUUUAUUCACUGAACUAUUUUUUUAUCUUAUAUAUUUUAUUAUUUGAGCGGUAGAUUUUUUUAAUUAUUCUACUAAACUUAGUGCAACUUUUAAAUUUAGUUUGGUGUUCAAACUAUAACCAGAUAUAUCGAUAAAUUUUUGUUCAUUAUUUUUAAUUUUAAGUUUUAUGUAAUAUUUAACUAUAAUUUUUAUUAGGUAUAUUUUACUUUAAGGUAAAGAUGUAAUUUUGCAUUGUUUCUCUUUUAGCUUUUUAGUGAAUCUUUAUUUAUAUUUGUUUUUAUUGUUAAAAAAGCUCAGUUUGAAUUUCGACGGAGUUCAACCGACGGUUUAUUGUUGCAAUGCAAUCAGGAUUUAGCGUCAUUGUAAAUUUUUUGCAAUAACUCGUAAUGGCAUAGUAUAUUUUUCAUUCCACCGGCAGCCAUUUUGUACUAUUAUUUAUUAGGCAGCAAAUGGAAGACAUUAAUCGCGGCAGCCGUGCAUAAACACAAUCAUUCAUCUUCUAUUUUGGCUCAAUUUUCAAUAUUGGUGCAACUAAUUUUUUUGUUUUUGUAUUAUUCUAAACAUUUUGUGAAACGAAUCUUGAUAGUUAACAUUGUUGUCUACCAUUACACAAAUUGUUUAGACGUUUGAUAAUGAUAUAUAUUUUUUUAGUUAGUGGACAACAUGUUAUUCUUGAGAUUUGGCUCUUAAACGAUUAGACGAUUUGUAAAGCUUACCUUGACAUGUAUAAACGUUUAAAGCGGAUGUGUUUUUAAGUAUAUAAAAAAGUAUAUAUGAAUAAAAUACAGCGUGAUGAAAAAGUAAACUUAAGAUAUACAGUUAGAAUACGGUAUAAAAUGAAUAUCAAUGUAAUAUACAAUACGUACAUAAUAUACUAUGUGCCAUUUUUCAUAAA